CAUCCGAAUUCAUCUUAGAUCAAAUAUAUGGAGGGGAAAUUUUUCAUUUUUCUCCUAUCAAUUACUCAUAUAUCAUUAAUUUUAAACUCCGUCACCGCAAUGUUUGCAAAGAAAGGGUUUAGUAUGAAGAUGAUUCAUGGAGACUCCAAAGAAUCGCCUUUAUAUCUAGGUGACCAUUUAACAAGAGGCGAGAGGCUUCAGAGAUUCGUAGAACAAUCCAAAGCUCAAGCACGUUACAUCGAGUCACGGAUACUAUUCCAUGACAAUGCUACACACUCCGUUAAUCCCGAUGUUGUACGUUUGCCUGUAGUUUACGAACCGAGUACGUUUUACGUUGCAAUGGUUGGUUUAGGUACAUUUCCGGGUGGCCGACCUCCAUUCAAGAAUUACUAUUUGAUGAUUGAUACAGGUAGUGAUCAGACGUGGCUUCAAUGUGAAGGUGCCACUAAAGCUUUCAAUCAAGAUAUGCCACUUUAUCCUUGGAACUUGUCAGCUACAUACCGUCCCAUUCCUUGUAAUACCCAUCCUCUUUGCAGGGGAGAUAAGUGCAACGUUGAUGGCCAAUGCACUUAUAAAGCAAACUAUGCGAGUUCAUCAGUUGCAUUUGGUAUUGUAGCCGAAGAAAGAUUUACUCUAGGCUCCAGCACUAGUGGUCGUCUUGAAAGAAUUGAUUUACACAUGGGUUGUGGUUUUCGCCAAGAUAAUUUUGAAAACUUUUUCGGUAAAAAUCAUUUACAUGGCGAACCUGAUCUUAUUGCAGGAAUACUCGGGUUAGGAGUAGGACAAUGGUCUUUUGUAAAUCAAUUAGGUGCUGUUGGAGAAGGAAAGUUUUCCUACUGUUUCGAGACAUUUAAUGAUAAUAUUGAGGGAUCAGAUACAUAUUUAAGGUUUGGUGCAGAUGCAACAAUUGGAGGCAUAUUUCAAAAAGCCAAUUAUGAUAUUCUGGAUUACAAAGCUAAUUUUGUGAUGAUAUCUAAUGAAACCGUCUGCUUUGGGUUUAUCGGGGAGGAUAAAAAUAGACCGGCUUUUAUUUUAGGAGCAAUGCAACAAGCUAACAAACGAAUUUUGUAUAAUAUCAUGGAUCAGUCACUCUCAUUCGCUACAGAAUAUUGUGAAUUAGGUUCUUGAAGGGACAAUGUCGCCUA